AUGUUUGCCAGACGCUGCUCAAGACUCGUGGCCUCGCAGACUGCCCGGCCAUUGCAGUCCUACAUCUCCCGCUUCUACUCGACCGGAUCCCCAGCCUACGAGUACAUCCUCACGUCUACUCCUAAGCCCGGUGUUGGAUUAAUUACUCUUAACCGACCAAAGGCUCUCAAUGCCUUGUGUAGCCCUCUCUUCAAGGAGCUCAACGAGGCCCUCACCAAGUAUGACGAAGAUAAGAGCACUGGUGCUAUAAUCAUCACCGGCAGCGAGAAGGCAUUUGCAGCCGGUGCCGAUAUCAAGGAAAUGACCCCUCUCACCUUCGCUGCCGCCUACAACGACAACUUCAUUGCUCCUUGGUCGCAUCUUGCCAACACAAUCCGAACUCCCGUCAUUGCUGCGGUCUCCGGAUAUGCUCUCGGAGGCGGCUGCGAGCUCGCGAUGAUGUGUGAUAUGAUCUACUGUACGGACAAGGCCACCUUCGGACAGCCAGAGAUCAAGCUCGGCACUAUCCCCGGAGCCGGUGGUUCUCAGCGUCUGACCAAGCUCGUCGGUAAGAGCAAGGCCAUGGAGCUUAUCCUCACUGGAAAUACCUUCAGCGGAAAGGAAGCUGGGCAGUGGGGAGUAGCCGCCAAGGUUGUUGAGGGUGGCAAGGACGAGCUUAUGGAGGCUACCCUUGAGACUGCUAGCAAAAUCGCUAGCUACAGCCGUGUUGCUGUUGUUGCUGCCAAGGAGGUUGUUAACAAGAGCCAGGAGCUUUCGCUGAAGGAAGGUGUCGAGUUCGAGAGAAGACUGUUCCACGGUCUCUUUGGAAGCAAGGACCAGAAGAUUGGUAUGACUGCUUUCGCUGAGAAGAAGAAGCCUGAAUGGUCUCAUGAGUGA